AGCGGCGUGCGCUUGCGCAGAAAAUUGAAGCCGCUUCGGCAGCGUUGGGGAGCAUGCAUAAACUUAAAUCGACUCAGAAGGACAAAGUCCGCCAGUUCAUGGCAUGUACACAAGCUAGCGAGAAAACUGCCAUCUACUGCCUGACACAGAAUGAGUGGAAACUAGAUGAGGCUACAGACAGUUUCUUCCAAAAUCCAGAGGCGUUCCACCGAGAGUCUAUGAAGAGCACGGUGGACCAGAAGAAACUGGAGCAGCUCUAUGGCAGGUACAAAGACCCACAGGAUGAAAACAAAAUCGGAGUUGAUGGGAUCCAGCAGUUCUGUGACGAUUUGAACCUGGACCCUGCCAGUAUUAGCGUUUUGGUCGUAGCAUGGAAGUUCAGGGCUGCCACUCAAUGUGAAUUUAGCAAAAAGGAAUUUGUGGAUGGCAUGACAGAGCUGGGGUGUGACAGCGCAGAGAAGCUGAAAGCUCUUCUUCCCAGACUGGAGCAAGAGCUCAAGGACUCGGCCAAGUUUAAAGACUUUUACCAGUUCACCUUCACCUUCGCCAAGAACCCUGGGCAGAAGGGUUUAGAUUUAGAAAUGGCUGUUGCAUAUUGGAAGUUAGUAUUGUCUGGAAGGUUUAAAUUUUUAGAUCUUUGGAACACAUUUCUGCUGGAGCACCACAAACGAUCAAUUCCCAGGGACACUUGGAACCUCCUCCUAGAUUUUGGAAACAUGAUUGCGGAUGAUUUGUCUAACUACGAUGAAGAAGGAGCCUGGCCUGUCCUCAUAGAUGACUUUGUAGAAUAUGCGCGACCAGUAGUCACGGGUGGGAAGCGCCGCCCUUUCUAAGCAAAGCCAGCUAGAUGGAGGGUAAGAUGAGCCGAGUCCCGAACGAGACACCCGGAUUGGUCGCUGUGUGCACUUGUGGCUGACUUCAGAAGUCUUCCUCAUCCAUUCAUGAAACAAAUCCUUACCCCGCUUAAAGGUUGUCUCGGCUGCCGCGUAGGAACCAAGAAACUCCUCAGGAAGUUAGGGACGUGUCGUCAGAGCUGUUGCUUUAGGAGCCGCCUGCAUGCAUGCCUUUACAGAGAGCAGCUUAGAACCUGUUCGCAGGGCUGAGAGCAAGCAGUUCAGUUCACGCUGUGAAGGUGAGCGCCAGCGGUUUCCAAGGCCGUGGAAUCACAUUGUAAUUAUGCCUCAAAAUAGCAUCCGUGUCCUCAGAACGGUGUGUCUUCUCACCGGUCCAAGCUGUCAGAAGCCCUGAUGAAGACGGCCUUUCCAGAGAGCCUACUGCUUUUAAUCUUGGUAUUCAAGAUUGAUAGUCCUGAUUAUCAAAUCUCUAGAUUUACUAGAUACUCUGUUUUUAUUUUCUCUAGAAGACAUUGUUGCAGUUUGCACAGGGAUGGCCCAGGAUGGAGUCCAGCAGGCCCAUUUCACACUGUUUACAAGCUGCCGGGCCUGUUUUACUUCUAAUAAGGUUAUAAUUAUUAGGCCUGGAUGCUGCCUCCUGAGAAGUUUCUUAUUUUUUUAAUAUAUUUUAUUAUAUUUAAAAGGACAUUUUUCCAUGAGAAAUACUUCUUUUUGAGUGAUGAAUUAGAUUUACAAAUCAAUGCACUGGUUCCCUUCACCUGUCUAUAAUGUCUUCAGUGCCCGUGUCCAGCCCUUGGAUAGCCAUAUGCAUUUGGAAGCAAAAACACACAUCAUCCGAAAGCGUCUACCCACAAAGCCUCCGCCUCAUUUGUCUGCACCAUGGGACUGCACCGUGUCACUGUCUGCUUUUCUGGUGUUUAUCUGCUCAAGAUCCCCUCGUGCACACAGACAUGGAGGGCCUGGAUACCAUCCGCUCAUCUGGUGUUAAGCUUUGAACAUCACUGUGCCGACCCUACCUCACACUUGCCAAGACUUGGUGUCACAAGCGUGCCUUGCUGCCCGGCCUACAGCGUGACCAUGGAGCAGAUAUGCUGGGCCCACUUCAGGAUGGGGAAUUGGCCAAAUGCCUGUACGCAGAAAGCAUGUCCCGGAUAUGCUGUUGGGGUGGCUUCUGUGAUGGGACAUGCUCCUGACUUAGGAAGCAGCUUGUGUGCCCUACAGUGAGAUGGGCUGUUGACGGUGGAUGGGUCUCACAGAGGCGAUGGCGAAUUGGGACGGGAGACCAGUCUCCACAAAGCCAACCCUCACUGUGUGAGGUGACAUCUAGUGACCUGUCUACGCAGGUCCAUAAAAGGGACAACUGGGGCGUCUUUGAGAGUGUAUGUAACCAAACUGACUUAACGGAAACCUGGAAAACAAAACGGCCUUCCAGGUUUUGUGGGUUCCUGACAUAGUUAACCUCUGUUCGGAGAGAUUUAUGGGUACAAAUAACUAAAUUCUGAAGGUCUGCAAUACACUAUUAUUUUUAAGAUUUAAAAUUCUUCAGGAAGACCAGCGAUAGGACUCAGCAGGCUAAGGCACAUGCUGCUUAGCCUGACAACCCGAGUUCAAUCCCUGGGAACCACAUGGUGGAUGGAAGGAGAGCACCGACUCCACACAUGUGCCAUGAAAUGCAUGUAUUCCCCCUACACACACAUGUACUUACACAACAAAUUAAAUAAAUAAACGUAACUUUAAAAUUUUCAAUUCUA